CCAACCCCAACUUUCGGACAGAUGUUGUUUAAAGCCUCUAUAAUAAACCUCGGAGCAAUUCAUAACAGUCGUGUGGGGGUGACGGCGAGAUCCGAUGGUCAGAGGAGUUAAAUCCAGUCUGCACGAGUCGGUAUUACAUUAGGGAUCACAUAAAAAUACACGCGCUCUUUUCUACAUGCUUCAAUCGAGCAGCGUUCAGCCGGGUUUUGACAGGGAUAUUUGGCACCGGUGAUCAGAGAACGCGAAACCCGAUCUCUUGACUUACAGAGAGUGACUAAGCUGGUAUAAAACGAUGCGUCGCUGGAUCUGGUUGUUUCUGGCCGGUGAGUUGGUAAUGCUGCGCGUGAGAGGCAUGGCACUGCAGAAAGCUGCGCACUCGCACGCCGGUCUGUGUCCUAACGAUCUCAACCCCAACCUGUGGGUGGACGCAAUGAGCACCUGCACCCGGGAGUGUGAGUCCGACCAGGAAUGUGAGACCUUUGAAAAGUGCUGCUCAAAUGUUUGUGGGAGCAAGAGUUGUGUGGCAGCCCGCUACAUGGAUGCAACAGCAAAGAAAGGAGCUGAUGGCAUACCCAACAAGGCCACCUGUGACAAAUUCAUGUGCACUCAGCAGGGCUCCGAGUGCCACAUCUGGAACGGGCAGCCUACAUGCAAGUGCAGAGACCGCUGUGAAAAGGAGCCACAUUUCACUUGUGCUUCUGACGGAAUGACCUACUACAACAAGUGUUACAUGGAUGCUGAAGCCUGCUCCAAAGGCAUCUCCCUGUCUGUUGUGACCUGCACGUCUCACCCUGUAAGCACCAGUCCGCUACCUCCAGGAACCACUGCCCUCCCAACGACCACCCUACUGCUCACCACCCCAGUAGAUGUGCAUCCCCCAGUCAUGACAAGAGGCCCAGUGGAGCAGUCUGUGUUUGUGGGCGAAACUGCCAGCUUCAUAUGUGAAGUUAGCGGCUGGCCCAAACCUGAGAUCACCUGGGAGAAGCAACUGGAAGGAAAAGAGAACAUUGUUAUGAAACCCAAUCAUGUGCUGGGAAAUGUGGUUGUCACUAAUAUUGGACAGCUAGUGAUCUACAGUGCUCAGCUAGAAGAUAUAGGUGUCUACACCUGCACUGCCACAAACUCAGGUGGUUCAAUCCAAGCUCAUUUCCCACUCUCUCUAAUACAGAGAGACCCAGUUAAAGAAGAGAAGCCAAAGAAAAUGUCUCCUUUCCCUGCUGAGGAGUGCAUGAAGGAGCCUGACACUGGUGACUGUGGUGGGGAGAAACUGAGUUGGUACUAUGAGAGCACGAGGAACAGCUGCAUCACCUUCACCUAUGGGAACUGCAACCAGAACCAGAACCACUUUGACAGCUUCAAUUCCUGCAUGUUGUCCUGCCAGGCUGAACUGCCUGCACCGUGUGGCCUUCCCAGCCUGCAGGGUCCAUGUAAAUUCUAUAAGCCACGCUGGGCCUAUAGCAGCACCCUCAACCAGUGCCAGCCCUUCAUUUAUGGGGGUUGUGGAGGCAAUGACAACAACUUUGAAACCAAAGAGGCAUGCGAGGACUUGUGCCCAUAUCCAAAGAACCACCGUUGCAAACCGUGCAAAUCGCAGCAUAAGAUGGUGUCCAGCUUUUGCAAGAGUGACUUUGUGAUAUUGGGCCGUAUGACAGAGCUGACAGAAGAGGAAGGCUCAGGCAGAGCUCAGAUCAAUGUGGACGAGAUCCUUAAAGAUGAGAAGAUGGGACUAAAGUUCAUGAAGAAUGAACCCUUGGAGGUGACAUUGCAGAACAUGGACUGGAACUGUCCAUGUCCCAACGUUACUACCUCGGACGAUCAGAUCAUCAUUAUGGGAGAUGUCCACAAUGGAAUGGCUGUGCUCCAGCCCGAGAGCUUCGUCAGCCAGUUCAGUGUGCGGCGGCUCCGUAGACUGCGUGAGGUGAUCAAUAAAAACACUUGUGAAAUUCUGAAAGAGUUCAGGGAAUAGGGCAGCACCCUGUUAGCCCAAGAGGACUGCUAUUCUUUUGAAAACUCAAAUGACCAAAGACAUUUUUCGGUGUAAGCUCUAUGCAAAGUAAAUGAUGGAGAAGCUGUCAAAAGCUCCACAUUCACAUUUAAAAACUAUCCUUUUUGUACUUAUACAUAGAUUACUGUACCGUCAAUUUAAUUUUUUUCUUUCCUUUUUUUUUUGUUUGUUUAUUAUAUACAGUACUCUUGUAUAUGAGUAUUGAGUCGUCUAACAUCCACAAAAUUCCAGGCCAGUUAAGAUGUUUGCUUUGACAAGGUUGUAUAUACAGUACGAGACACAGCUGUUCACCCAUGAGACAGUGUCAACUUUCAACGUCUUCAUAGGAAACCUGCUAAAAGAAGACAUUUGUAGACAUAGGAAACACUAAUCAGACACAUAUGGUCCCAAAUCCCAGCGCACACUGUAACCUUGCUUCAAAAGGAACACCGUCCCUAUCUUGUAAAGUUAAGGUGGUUCAUUCAGGGAAUCUGAUGAGUAAUUUCUUGUCUGACGUUCUAUUGUUUUAUUACCAGAGGUAAAUGACAUGUCUCAUUAAAAUUGUUGUAAUAUACUGUAGAAAGCACAUGGAUAAGUUGUAUUAUAUUUACUCUGAAGUUCUGUUUUAAAGCUUAUUAAAGCAGGUAUAGCUGUUUUCUAUCCUGUUCACAUUUCUGUCAUGAUGAACAUUGAUGUACAGGUAGAGAUUUUAGCAAGGACAAUCUUGAAGUGAUUUUGUUUCCCUUUAUUUAUUUUAAUGUAUUUUGUUUCCACCUAGCAUUAUCAUUU